GCACUUUGUUUAUCUGAGGCUCCAGAGGAAUAUCGGUGCGGCGGUUCUCUGCGUCCACAGCCGAUUUUGAGUCCUCCUGCGCGGACACGGACACAGUGCGGUCGCCAUGACGACAGACGAGGCGGAGAGCCAGCAGAAGAAGCCCCGACAGCAGCAGGAGGAGGGGGGGCAGGAGGAGCACCCGCCCUCCCCAGACCACGAACACCUCCUCCGGGCCCGCAACAGGCACUCAGCAGGACGUGGGCUCUCCAGGCUCUUCUCCUCCUUCCUCAAGAGGCGCUCCCAGUGCGAGGACACCCCACCCGACAAGGACGACAAGGACCAUGAGGAGGCCAAGGCACCCAUUGCUGACCCGGAGCCCGAGCUGAGGGCCGAGGGAGAGGCGGCCGCUGACCAGCACUCGGCUGAUCUGGUGGAGAAGAAAGACGGAGAGGAGCAGAAGGAGGGCGAGGACAAGGCAGAGGAAAAGGAGAAAGAGCCGGAGGGGGAGGAGGGACCCAAGGCCGCUGCGGAGGAGACCAAGGAGACGAAGGAAGGAGACGACGAGAAGAAAGAGGACGUGGCCGCUCCAGACGAGGAAGCGCAGAAGGAGGGCGAGGAGAAGAGCCCGGAGGAGGACACCAAAGCUCCCAAAGCCCCACGCAGACCCAGGAACAUGGAGAUCACCGUCACUCUACUGGACGACACCACCUACGAGCUCGAGCUGGAGAAACAUGCGAAAGGUCAGGACCUGUUUGACAAAGUGUGUGACCACCUGAACCUGCUGGAGAAGGACUACUAUGGCCUGGCCAUCUGGGACACGCCCACUCUCAAGACGUGGAUGGACAUGACCAAGGAGAUCCGGAGGCAGGUGCGAGGAGCCAACUACAACUUCACCUUCAAUGUCAAGUUCUAUCCCCCCGACCCCGCCCAGCUGUCAGAGGAUAUCACCAGGUACUACCUGUGCCUCCAGCUGCGUAAGGACAUCCUGGCUGGCCGUCUACCCUGCUCCUUCGUCACCCUAGCUCUGCUGGGCUCGUACGCCCUGCAGUCAGAGCUGGGCGAGUACGACCCCGAGGUGCACCUGCCAGACUAUGCCAAGAGCCUAAAGAUCGCCCAGGGACAGACACCCGAGCUGGAAGAGAAGAUGAUGGAGUUACACCGCACAUACAGGGCGAUGACCCCAGCCCAGGCAGACCUGAUGUUCCUGGAGAAUGCCAAGAAGUUGUCCAUGUACGGAGUGGACCUGCACCAGGCCAAGGACCUGGAUGGGGUCGACAUCAUGCUGGGCGUCUGCUCCUCAGGCCUCAUGGUCUACAAAGACAAGCUGAGGAUCAACCGCUUCCCCUGGCCCAAAGUGCUCAAGGUGUCCUACAAGAGGAGCAGCUUCUUCAUCAAAGUCAGACCCUCUGAGGUGGAGCUAUACGAAAGUGCCAUUGGAUUCAAACUGCCCAACUACAAAGCCGCCAAGAAGCUGUGGAAAGUGUGUGUGGAGCACCAUACCUUCUUCAGGCUGACCUCCACAGAGAUGGCCACUACCCCCAGAAAGUUCCUGGCUCUGGGCUCUAAGUUCCGGUACAGCGGGCGCACCCAGGCCCAGACCCGACAGGCCAGCUCCCUGAUCGACCGACCCGCCCCUGCCUUCCAGAGGACCAACAGCAAGAGGAAUUCACGUAGCUUGGAUGGGGCCAUGGCGUCCACUCCAGACAACAAGUCAUCCCGCCCUGUCAGCGCCCCUGUGAUGUCACCCAUCUCACCCGGUGAAGCCACGCCCUCCCCACUCCUGCCCGCCCUCCGUCACCUUAGCGACCAACACGACAGUUCCACCCCCAAAAGCCGGCGCUCUGCAGACAGGAAGCACGAGAUCAGGGCGGACAGUCGGCAAACAGACUCCCCCAAGAGCCAUAGUCCCAGGCUCGACUUCACCCCGGAGCUCAAGUCAAUAUCCAGGAGAGAGAGGAGGCACUCCCCUUCUCUGACCGCAGCCCCCGGAGAGCGGGACAGGAAACAGCACUCCCCUCAGGACAAGUCCAAGGACAUCAUGAGAGUGAGGAAGAAACGGGCUAAGAAACUGGAGGGCGAGACUAUUUAUAUCAGACAUAGCAAUCUGAUGCUAGAGGACGUGGACAAGACGCAGACGGAGAUCAUGCGUCACCACAGCAGCAUCAGCGAGCUCAAGAGGAGUUUCAUGGAGUCCGUGCCUGAGCCUAGGCCCAGUGAGUGGGACAAGCGCCUGUCCACCAACUCCCCCUUCAGGACGGCAAGGAUCAAUGGACAGCUGCCACCCGCUUCUCCAGUGCUGAAGACCCAGACAAUCACCAUCUCCGACGUCACCAACUCUCUGAGAGGAACUGUGGCCUACAAGGAGAUGCCCCUGGUCCACACGGAGACCAAGACCAUCACCUACGAAUCCGCUCAGCCGGGGGACAACAUGCCUGAGAAAGACACUGGAGUUCUACUGAGCGCUCAGACCAUCACAUCAGAGACCAUCAGUACCACCACCACCACCCAGAUCACGAAGACAGUGAAAGGGGGCAUUUCCGAGACACGCAUCGAGAAAAGAAUCGUCAUCACCGGAGACACAGAGAUUGACCAUGACAAGGCUCUGGCUCAAGCCAUCAAAGAGGCUAAAGAGCAGCACCCUGACAUGUCCGUGACUAAAGUGGUUGUGCACCAGGAGACGGAGAUCACCCCGGAGUGAAGUGUGGGCCUGGGAAGCUGCCCUCUCCCACCACCUAUCUCACCACCUGACCCCCACCACCACCAGUCCCACCCCUGAGGGACCAGCUCUGGACUCAACUGGAUCCUGCCGGUAUGGACUAAGCAACACCUGACCCCUAACUCUGCAAGACUUGCCAAUGCCCUCCUACAAUCCACAUGAGGCUUCACCUACAUCUCCGGAAUCUCCACUCACAUCUCUGGAAGCUCCACCCACAAUAUCCAGAGGCUCCACCUGCUGCCAACUGCUGGACUGACGACCAAUUCCAAACUUUUUUAAGGUGAAAAUGAGAGUAGCGUUUUCAUUUGUUGAAAUCCUCCCGUUUUGCGUGGAGAUUUUAGCUACAUUUACACCGACAUUUGGUCUUUUAAUCUUGAUAUUACUAUGGCAACUUUAUUUUUCUACAAACUUUUCGUACGGUCACGAUUGGUUGUCGCAAAAAAGAAAAAAAAAUACACUGAGCAGUUUUUUGACGGGGUGGUGGGUGCUAUUUCUUGAGGUCCCUCUCCAAGCCCAUUUCUUGUACAGUAAGUCUUUUAUUUUUCUCCCUCUCAAUGUGAAAAGUAUUUUUUCAAUGUAUGUGUACAAAAGAAUUUUAUCGAACCAGGGGGCGCUCUUCUUAUCUCACCGUAUUUACGAUUAUGUAUUACCGAGUGAUUCUCCCAUGUUAUUUUUGUCGUAGUGCUACUUAUUUAUUUAUUUAUUCCAACUUUGCGUUCUGUUGUGCAUCUUGUGUGUAGACUCAUGACUUUUUAUGAAAAGCGAUCCCGACUGAGGUGUACAGAGCAUGCCCAGUUCUCUCUCUCUCUUUUAAUGUUUUUACUGGCGGACAGUGUGUAUUGAGCCGAAGAAGUUUAUUGGUUGAAAAUGUAUUAUGAUUAGGUUGAAAAGGUAAUUGCACUGCUCAAAAGAUUUAAAUAAACACUUAAA